AUGGUUGUCAACCAACAGGCUCAACUCAAUGCCCCACCCCAGCCAAUCAUUGUCCAACAAGUGCCAGGUCCGCAGCGCUCGCACAUCCGUGUCCACGCCCCGCACACGUUCUCUGGCGUCUUCACUGACAAGGGCGUCUAUGACUCUACGCCAUGCGACUUCGUCCGCAACGUGCGGAAUUACCUCGUCGCAGAAGAGGAAGCUGCCGGCAACCCGCUCACCGGCCACAACAAGAUUGUGCUGGUCUCCACACUCCUCGACCAGUCCGCCGCCAUGUGGUAUGAGCAGAUCAUGGCCGACUACGCGGAGUACCGGCAAAUGGCGGAUUGA